CACCAUUUUAUUUCAUCUGAUCUUAAGGCUAUCAAAUACACAAGAUAGCAAUUGACUAAUCUACUAACCUAAAACAACAAGAAUAUGAUAGACAUUAUUUCCAGUAAAUGCCCUAACCAAACACAAUUCAUUUAGUCAACCAAUACAUUCAUAUAAGCAUUCACUACCAUUUCCAUAUUAUAUUUAAUAGUCUUUUAGGGUAAAAUUCUUGCAAAUCGAAAGAUUCUUCUCAAUCGUGGAAAUAGUAUGUUCAACAACUCUUUUUUGAAUAUUAAAUGGUAUGAUAUAGAUGGUAACCGAAAGUGUAAACAAUUUGAUGUAAAAAAAAUAGAUAUUUUAUUAGAGGCAAGAAAUUAUUUUUUAUGGCAAAAAAGAGAUCAAUAUAAUAUAUAAAAUCCAGUUCAAUUUAUGA